CGGCGGCGCCUCCCCUCCGUUCGGCUCCCUUUGAUACCUAGCCGCCACGCCAAGCACCUCACCCUCCACUCCACUCCACUUCGAUCCCUUCCCUCCCCACGCCGCCGAGGUCGCCGCCCCGCCCAGGGGCUUCCUCUCCAUGCUCCCAUCCAAGAGGUCCGCGGGCGCCGACGGCGGCCAGCCCAAGAGGUCCAAGGUUGGGGAAUCGCCGCCCGCCGCCACCGCCAGUAAUGGCAGUCGGAAUGGGGCGCCGCCGGAGAUCGACGAGGACCUGCACAGCAGGCAGCUCGCCGUCUACGGCAGGGAGACAAUGCGCCGCCUCUUCGCCUCCGACGUCCUCGUCUCUGGACUCAAUGGCCUGGGUGCUGAGAUUGCAAAGAAUCUAGCUCUUGCUGGAGUUAGAUCUGUCACUAUACAUGAUGCCAAGAAUGUGGACAUGUGGGACCUGUCUGCCAAUUUCUUUUUGUCAGAGCAAGAUAUUGGAAAGAACAGGGCAGUUGCUUGUGUAUCCAAGUUGCAAGAGCUGAACAAUGCUGUCCUGGUCUCUGCUCUAACAGAGGAAUUGACAAAAGAGCACUUGUCUAAGUUCCAGGCUGUUGUUUUCACUGAUAUAAGUCUAGACAAGGCUUAUGAAUUUGACGACUACUGUCACAGCCACCAGCCUCCAAUCUCCUUCAUCAAAGCUGAAGUUUGUGGCCUUUUCGGUAGCGCCUUUUGUGAUUUUGGACCCGAGUUUACCGUACAUGAUGUCGAUGGUGAAGAUCCACAUACCGGUAUAAUUGCAUCUAUCAGCAAUGACAGUCCUGCAAUGGUGUCCUGUGUUGAUGAUGAGCGGCUUGAGUUUCAGGACGGUGAUCUCGUUGUUUUCUCUGAGGUCCAGGGCAUGGUAGAAUUGAAUGAUGGGAAACCAAGAAAGGUAAAAAAUGCUAGGCCAUUUUCAUUCUGCAUCGAGGAUGAUACAAGUACCUAUGGUGUUUAUACAAAAGGUGGAAUUGUUACACAAGUGAAGGAACCAAAGGUUCUACGUUUCAAGGCACUAAGAGAUGCUAUGAGAGAUCCUGGCGAUUUCCUUCUGAGUGACUUUUCAAAAUUUGAACGGUCCCCUGUGCUUCACCUAGCAUUUCAAGCACUGGAUAAUUUUAAGAAAGCGCAUGGGCGAUAUCCUACUGCUGGUUGUGAGCAGGAUGCUCAAAGCUUUCUGAAGUUUGCUGCUGAUAUUAAUGAAGCAUCAGUUGAUUCUAAGCUGGAAAAAAUUGAUGAGAAGUUGCUCCGGCAUUUUGCAAGUGGUUCUCGAGCUGUUUUGAACCCAAUGGCUGCUAUGUUUGGUGGUAUUGUUGGUCAGGAAGUUGUGAAGGCAUGUUCAGGGAAAUUCCAUCCGCUUUUCCAGUUCUUCUACUUUGAUUCUGUCGAAUCUCUCCCUAAGUACCAGUUGGAUCCCCAAGACCUGAAGCCAUCAAACAGCCGCUAUGAUGCUCAGAUCUCUGUAUUUGGUUCCAAGCUUCAGAAGAAGCUGCAAGAUGCAAAUAUUUUCGUUGUGGGUUCUGGUGCCCUUGGAUGUGAAUUCUUGAAGAACCUUGCCUUAAUGGGUGUCUCUUGCAGCUCCAAGGGAAAGCUAACUAUAACAGAUGAUGAUGCCAUCGAGAAAAGCAAUUUGAGCCGCCAAUUUCUAUUCCGUGACUGGAACAUUGGACAGGCAAAGUCUAUUGUAGCAGCAGCUGCCGCCAGCACUAUCAACCCCAGCCUCCAAAUUGAUGCUCUUCAGAACCGUGCUUGUCCAGAUACCGAAAAUGUGUUCCAUGACACAUUCUGGGAUGGACUGAAUGUGGUCAUCAAUGCACUUGAUAAUGUUAACGCUAGGAUGUAUAUGGACAUGAGGUGCCUGUACUUCCAGAAGCCACUACUGGAGUCAGGGACAUUGGGUGCAAAAUGCAAUACUCAAAUGGUCAUUCCUCACCUUACUGAAAAUUAUGGAGCUUCAAGAGACCCACCUGAGAAGCAGGCACCCAUGUGCACAGUUCAUUCGUUUCCACACAAUAUUGAUCAUUGCUUGACAUGGGCUCGUUCAGAGUUUGAGGGUUUGCUAGAGAAAACACCAAAUGAAGUGAAUUCUUUUCUGUCUAAUCCUGCUCAAUAUGCUGCUGCCAUGAGGAAGGCAGGUGAUGCCCAGGCAAGAGAAUUACUUGAGCGUGUCUCUGAAUGUCUUGGCAAGGAGAGAUGCAUUACAUUUGAGGACUGCAUAACUUGGGCCCGACUUAGGUUUGAAGAUUAUUUCUCAAACCGUGUGAAGCAGCUCACAUUCACUUUUCCUGAAGAUGCUUCUACUAGCACGGGCACUCCUUUCUGGUCUGCCCCAAAGCGCUUUCCUCGGCCUCUGCAAUUUUCAGCCACUGAUUCAUCUCAAAUUCACUUCAUCAUGUCUGCUUCAAUACUGAGAGCAGAGUCAUUUGGAAUUGCUAUACCUGACUGGGCAAAGAACACAAGUAAUCUGGCUGAGGCGGUCAAUAAGGUUGCAGUUCCUGAAUUUAAGCCAAAGAAAGGGGUUAAUAUUGUGACAGAUGAGAAGGCAACUAACCUUUCUAGCACCUCGGUUGAUGAUGUUGCUGUUAUUGAUGAGCUUCUUUCCAAGUUAGAAGAAUGUGCAAAGAAUCUGCCUCCAGGAUUCCAAAUGAAACCUAUCCAAUUUGAGAAGGACGAUGACACUAAUUUUCACAUGGAUUUAAUAUCCGGGUUUGCGAACAUGCGUGCUAGGAACUAUAGCAUUCCCGAGGUUGACAAGUUGAAGGCCAAGUUCAUUGCUGGAAGAAUCAUCCCUGCUAUUGCAACUUCGACAGCCAUGGCCACAGGUCUUGUGUGCCUCGAGCUAUACAAGGUUAUUGCUGGGGAGCACCCUAUUGAGGACUACCGCAACACAUUCGCCAACCUAGCGCUGCCUCUGUUCUCGAUGGCCGAGCCUGUUCCAGCCAAGGCGAUGAAGCACCAAGACCUUAGCUGGACUGUAUGGGAUCGAUGGUCGAUCAAGGGCGACCUGACUGUUGCGGAGCUGGUGCAGUGGUUCAGCAACAAGGGCCUCAGCGCUUACAGCAUGUCCUGCGGCACGUCUCUGCUGUACAACAGCAUGUUUGCGAGGCACAAGGAAAGACUGCAGAAGAAGGUUGUUGAUGUGGCGAGGGAAGUCGCUAAGGUGGAGGUCCCCGAGUACAGGAGGCACAUAGAUUUAGUGGUGGCCUGUGAGGAUGAUGAUGGGAACGACAUUGAUAUCCCUCUCGUGUCCGUCUAUUUCCGGUAGUCAGCUUCCUUCUGGGAAGAAAGAUGGCUACGUUCUUUGUGUGAGACCUGCCACUGAAAACACUCUAGUUUGCUCUUGUGUCGGAAACAGUACGGAAUCACCCGGUUUAAUUGGUUGCCACAUUGGCGUUGGUAGCUGUAUCUAUCUAUCUAGCAUCCUAGUUUCCUGUUAAGCUGCUGUAGUUAUAUGAGAGAAUGGGGAUAGUGCCAUUUAAUCUGACUAAUGACUAUUCGUUUUAGUU